AUGCAGGGCCGGGGCAGACCAAACAAAGUAGAAAACGAGAAGAAGGAAAACAGUGGGAAAAAGGAUAUCAGAAAGUUCAUGCAAAGGAAGAAAGAUAGUAGGGAAAUAGGUUUUGCAAAAAGUGUCAAAUUAGUACAUACACCACCGAGGAAGCCAGAUGAAAGGUCAUACGGUAGCGUAGGGAAAAAUCACAGUGAAAUAAUUGAGCAGGCAGAAGAAAUAGAGGCCGACGAUGACGAGACAGCAGAGGAAAACGAACAUGAUGAGGUGGGGAAGGAGAAGGAUGGUGAGGGAAGGCGAGAAGAGAAUUUGGCGAAAGACAAAAGUGAGGAAAUACGAAAGGAGCUGGAGGUAAAAGAUGCACAGGAGCUGAAUGGUAAAGAAGGUGAGGCCGAUAAGGAAGAAAAUCAAGCAAGGAGAAUAGAAGACCGAGGGACGGAUGUAAAUGCUGACAAGAGCACGGACACAAGCGAGGAUGAGAGAAGCAGAGUAGGAGAGAAAUUGAAGAAAAUACAGGUUAGAAUGGGGGAGAUGGAAGAGCAAAGAAGAAUUGAUGCUCAAGCAGUAGAAAUGGCGAAAGAAACGAUAAGACUGGCAGUGGAGAAGUUGGUUAGAAAAAUAUCAGAAUUGAUAAAACAAAUGGGAGAAAAGGAGAGAGAACAAAAAGAGAGGUUGAAGGAGGAAAUAGGAAAAAUGGUUAGAUGUGGCAAGUGUAGGAGGGAGGAAGGAAAGCAGGCGAACGAGAGCGCAGAAAACAAGAGCAGCGAAAGGCAAGAAGAAGAUGCGGCACAACGAGCAUACGAAGAACAACAAGUAAACGCGGACAAGAACGGCGUGGAGGAAAAGAGAGAGCUGGAAGUGAAUAAGCCGGACGCGAUGAAAAAAUCGGAAUACGAGUUUGAGAUGAAAGAUAGGAGGGAUAGGAAAAAUAUGUGUUUAUCAGAGGAAUGA